UUGCGUGGGGGAAAUGAGCUUCUGUGGUGGAACCACUUUAUCAGGGUUGAUGUUUUAGGGGAAUGUUUUUGACUCCGGAUAAACAUGAGCGCUCAGGCUUGUGGGGUCCUACGCUGGACUUGGAGGAGCGUUUCUCUCUGCAGUCCUCUGCUGUUUCCUGUUAAACAGCAGGCAGCUUUAGUGGGCAUCCCCAGACUGUUCUGUUCUGCUCCGCCACCUCCUAAAGUACAGCAUCCUGAACCAGAGUUAACGAUGAGGGCUUUGGCUGAAAUGGGUUUCUCUGAGACCCAGGCUGAAGUAGUGUAUGAAGUUGCAAAGAAGAAACGAUGCAAACACCAGGUGCCGAUACUGACAAGUCUGUUCGUCCUCGGCUUUAACCCCGACAGCAUGCUGAAGGUCCUGGAGAAGUGUCCUGACCUGUAUGUGGUGAAAGAGUCUCAGUUACAGCAGCGUAUAGCAAAUCUGAGGAAACUCGGCCUGCUUGAAGGCAGUCUGCAGAGGGUGAUAAGCCACUACCCUCAGAUCCUGUCUCUGCCCAUAAAGAAAGUAAACGCUGUGUCUCGGCUCCUUAGAGAAAAGUGCCAGUUUACAGUUCAGCAGGUGACUGACAUCCUCAGGGACUCGCCUCACAUCCUGCAGGAAGACCACACGAGUCUGGAGUACGUGUUUCAGUAUGCAUACUUCCGUAUGGGCUGUCAGCAGGCUGAGAUGGUGAAAGCUAAGCUCUUCAGGCUCUCAGUGGAGGAGCUGCAGUGCCGCCAUGGGUUCCUGGAGCGCAGAGGACUGUACCAAACACCCGAUAAGAAGGGCCAGACGCUGAUCGUCAAUCCCAAGCUCAAAGACUUUCUACCCGUCUCUGAAGAAACGUUCCUGACCAAGAUCGCCUUGUCUACGCAGGAGGAGUUUGACGUGUUCCGGAAACUAUUGGCGCGAGAGCUUGAGGAAGAGCGAGGGCGGGAGCACACUAGAACUGCCAGUGAUGAAGGUAGUGAUGAGGAAGGUGAUAAAAGUGGGGAUUAUGAUGAGGAGACAAAGGAGGAGGAGGAUGUUAAAGACACUGGCUACAAUAAGAGGAGGAAGCAAAGAUGGGAACCGUAAUGAAGGAGUUGCUGCAAAGCUCUUAAAUUACUUAUUAAUUCUGUAUAGAAUGUUAUAGAAUUGUACUGUAUUAAAAAUAAAACUUUUAAAAGCUCA